UAUAUUAAUCUUCACAUGAAAAGUAACGUUAAUGUGAUUAUCUUGUGGGCGAUAACAUCAAAGAAGAAGCCAUUGGCAUUAUAUAUAGGUGAUAAAAUCAAUCUCAAAUAUCACACAAAGAAAGCUUAAGUGAGUAGUGUUUUCUAUGGCUACCCUUGUUACCAAAAAAUCAUCUCCGAUUGAAGAUUCUGAGGCUCUACAGAAAGCUUUUAAAGGAUGGGGAACUGAUGAGAAGAGUGUUAUUGAAAUAUUGGGUCAUAGAAAUGUAUAUCAAAGGCAACAAAUCAGAAAAUCUUAUCAAGAAAUAUAUCAAGAGGAUAUCCUCAAACGCCUCGAAUCUGAGCUCUCUGGUGACUUUGAGAGAGCUGUGUACCGUUGGAUGCUGGAACCUGCUGAUCGUGAUGCUGUUUUGGUGAAUGUAGCAAUUAAGGAUGGAAACAAAGGUUACAAUGUUAUUGUUGAAAUUGUUUGUGUCCUUUCUCCUGAAGAAGUGUUGGCAAUGAGACGUGCAUAUCAAAAUCGUUACAAGCAUUCUUUAGAAGAAGAUGUUGCUGCUCAUACUACUGGACAUCUUCGUCAGCUAUUGGUUGGAUUGGUGGGGUCAUUUAGAUAUGGUGGUGAUGAGAUUAAUCCAAGGUUGGCAAAAACAGAAGCUGAUAUUCUUCAUGAAUCUAUCAAAGAGAAAAAAGGCAACUACGAAGAAGCUAUUAGAAUUAUUACUACAAGGAGCAAGACUCAGCUUUUGGCAACUCUCAACCGUUAUAGAGAUGACCAUGGAACUUCUAUAACUAAGAAACUGUUGGAUAAUGCAUCUGAUGACUUUCACAAGGCAUUGCACACUGCAAUUCGAUGUAUCAAUGAUCAUAAGAAGUACUAUGAAAAGGUUAUGCGCAGUGCGUUAAAAAGGGUUGGAACUGAUGAAGAUGGUCUAACUCGUGUGGUGGUCACAAGAGCUGAGAAAGAUUUGAAGGACAUCAAAGAGCUCUAUUAUAAGAGAAACAGUGUUCACCUUGAAGAUGAAGUGGCUAAGGAAAUUUCGGGGGACUACAAGAAGUUCCUUCUCACAUUGUUGGGGAAGUAAGAUUUAAGUAAUUGGUUUAGCAAAAUGCAUGUCUUAUAAUAAUGAGUUUUGGUUGGUUUGGUUUCUUGUUGUGUCAUUUGGUCAAUUUCUCUCUUAAUAGCAUGUUUUCAUGAGUCCUUGGUUGUGAGAGAGAUAAUAUGUUCUUCUAUUUUAAUAAAUUACUUUAUUUUAUCGUUUGAAUGUAUGGUGGAUUGAAAAGCAUGCAUUUAAUUCCUUCA